AUGGAAACAUUUCCAAUCAGUGCAAAAUCAAAAAGUAUGUUUAUUGUUUAUAUGGUUACCAACACAUGUGCAUUUGACGCCAUUGCAUUGGCGUAUAAUGACAAAAAUUCAUAUAAGCGGUAUAUCAAUGAUUGUGAAAACCUUUUCUUACAAUUUUCAAAAGACCUGGCAAUUCAAGAACUAAACAAAAUUAUUUAUAGAAGAAGAGUAGACUUGUUACUAAUGCAUUUUAAUAAAUCAGAGAUCUACCUAAAAGUACAAACUAUUAAUUCUGAAUGUAAUGCAACAAAAAUAAUUCAAAGUUAUUUGAAAGAUGAACCAAGUGCCACAGAAUGUAUUUCUUGUAAUAAAUGUGGAUAUAUCACAAGACCAUCGCCAACUAUAAUUUUACCGUCCAACAGUGAUAUUAAACAACUACAAACAUUAUUAAAUGUAUACACAGAGAACAGAAAUUCAAAGUGUUCAACAUGCGGAGAUAUUGAAAUCUCAUCAAGAGUAUUGGGUGAACAUAUAUUUAUCAAGACUGAUUUUUUUACUACACCGAUACAACUUCAGCAUAUUCCAAAAAAAUUAAAUACAAAAUAA